UCCGUCCUUGGAUAUGUAUGUCUAAGGAAAAUUUGUUGUUGACUUUAUUAAUCCCAGGUCCAAAGCAACCUCGAAAUUAUAUAGUUGUGUACCUAGAACCACUAAUAGAAUGCUUAAAGGAGAUGUGAAAUAUUGGUGUUGAAGUAUAUGAUGGAUUUACUAAGUCUACCUUCAAUUUGAAAACUGUGCUAAUGUGGACAAUUAAUGAUUUUCCAGCUUAUGGGAACUUAUCAGGAUAUCCUACGAAAGGCGAAGCAGCAUGUCCAGUUUGUGGGUUAUCCACAUGUGCAAAAUGGUUGACAUGUAGUUGAAAGUUUUCUUGAUGACAUAUGAGAGCAUGUGCAGCAAAAGUUUGAUGUCGAUGCUUGUCAUAGAAAAUACAUCAUGCAAAAAAUGGGAAAAAAUUGACGAGAUCAUCGAUGUAAUUUCCUUAAAGCAAUCAAUAACAAAGGAAAAUCAAUUGGCAUGACACGAGCUGCUGCUCUCCUCAAGCUCAAUAAUGUUGAAUCAAUGGAAGAAUGGCAAGCAUUUGUCAAAGAACGCAAUUCUCGAUCAUAUAAGGAAAAGAAUGAAAGAUUCAAAAAGAUGAGAGCAAGUCAAACCAAGUUGUAUACAACAAGAAGAAAGGGUUUUACUUGCUUAGAAGCUGAAAUGCGUGCUGAAAGUGAAGAUCCUGAUUCAAUAACGAGAGAUGAUGUUUAUAUUCGAGGACAUACGCGAAAAAAUGGUGAACCUAUUAACGAAUCAGUUGGGGAAACAUUGAAUAAAAUAAAAGCAUAUUCGGAGACGGUUUUCUCUCCAAGUAAACACUCACUUGAAGGUGAUGGUGGUGCAAAAGUAUUUGGUCCAAAACGUCCAGGACGGGUAAGAGGUCUUGGUUUCGGUGCGACUCCUUCAAAGUUGAAUGCUUUGGUGCACAAUCAUAACUUGCAAACUAAGUCUAAGAGUUGAGAGAUUAAAUUAAAGAGUUAAAAGCUUUAUUUCAAGUGAAGAGUAAAAAUGUUGAACAAAAAGAUAAUGUAAAUGAAAAACUAGAAUCAAUGAAUAUUAUUCUAA